UAGGGUCUCGUUUCAGCUCAGCAACAGCGGUGAAGACACGACAGCCGGCGUGCGCUCGACGGCUUCUCUUGUUUUUUAAAAUUUGAAUUGGUGCUUAGGUCCUCUCGGUUUAAAAAUGAACAGUCUGUUGCGAAUAAGGUCGCUCGUAGGUGCUGGACGCCUUCAAUGCAAGAAUCUCGAAGCUUUGAAAAGGACCUUUGCUACCGCAUACCAGAAUAUCAUUAUUGAAAAGAAAGGAGCGCAACAGAAUGUAGCCCUGGUCACACUAAACCGGCCCAAGGCCCUGAAUGCCCUUUCUGGGCCCCUCAUGAAUGAAGUGGCAAACGCCGUGGACGAACUGAACGCAGACAAGUCCGUGGGCGCCAUAGUCAUCACUGGCAGCGAAAAAGCAUUUGCUGCCGGAGCCGACAUUAAGGAGAUGCAGCCAAAGGAUUUCCCGUCAUGCUUCACGGAAAGCUUCCUUUCCAACUGGGAGAAGGUCGCACAGUCUACGAAGCCCGUGAUUGCAGCUGUCAAUGGAUACGCCCUCGGCGGCGGAUGCGAACUGGCCAUGAUGUGCGACAUCAUCUACGCUGGCGAGAACGCCAAGUUUGGUCAACCAGAGAUUGCUCUUGGCACCAUUCCAGGUGCCGGAGGCACCCAGCGCCUUACAAAGGCCAUUGGAAAGUCUAGAGCAAUGGAGCUGGUCUUGACUGGAAACCACAUCACGGCUGCUGAAGCUGACAAAUACGGGCUCGUGAGCAAAGUCUUCCCUGUGGACAAGGUCGUCGACGAGGCCGUGAAGCUCGCUGAGAAGAUCGCCAGUUUCUCGCAGGUGUCCGUGGCCAUCUGCAAAGAGAGCGUGAACAAUGCAUAUGAAACCACAUUAUCCCAAGGCCUCAAGGUGGAGAAGAGGCUAUUCCAUGCAACAUUUGCACUCGACGACCGCAAGGAGGGAAUGUCAGCCUUUGUGGAGAAGCGCCCUGCUAAGUUCACCAACAGCUAAAUACACUUUCGCCAAGUUACAACACAUUAAUUCCGUACAAUUUCACAGUUAUGUCAUUGCAGUCCUGUUACUAUGCAAGAAACUCAUUAAAUGGUUGGUUACAUUAAUUACA